CCAAAAACCCUCGAAGCCUCUUUAUAUAAACCGCUCCAGAGAGCGGCCUCUAAAACCCUAAAUCAAACCCUCUCUUGUCCAAACCGAAAGCCUAACACCCCUUCCUCUGCCUCUCACACCGUAAAUGGCUUUCGCUAGCAUGCUUCGCAGGUCAGCUUCCGCCUUCGUCCCUCGGGCCCUUCGGGCCAUCGGAAGUCAAAGGUACUACCGCUCUGCCGCUGUGUUGUCGGCCGUCAAUAGCAGCAAUGUUUCUCGGAGUUCGUUUCCGUCAUUGCUCCGAUUCUACUCCGCCACCUCCAAGCGGCCAGGCUCCGAUGAGGCUCUCCUCCGAGUCAUCAAGUCGGAGAUCGAAUGCACCGAGGAGUCCAACGAUCAUGAGCAGGUUGAAGAGUUUCCAGAUGGCUUUCCCUUUAAACUUAACGAUAAUCCCGGCCAACAGACAAUAUCACUGACCAGAGAAUAUCAGGGUGAAACCAUUGAUGUUGAAGUUCACAUGCCUGACCUUGUUACUGGUGAGGAUGACGACGAUGACGAUACUGAGAAGAGCAAUCAAUCUAGCAUUCCGCUUGUUGUUAGAGUUUCUAAAAGAGGUGGACCAUCUUUGGAGUUCGGUUGUACUGCUUUCCCUGAUGAGAUUGCGAUAGAUAGCUUGUCAGUUAAGGAUCCUGAACAUUCUGAGGAUCAAAUUGCCUAUGAGGGGCCUGACUUCACAGAUUUGGAUGAGAAUCUGCAGAAGGCAUUCCACAAGUAUUUAGAGAUUAGGGGGAUCAAGCCCAGCACAACCAAUUUCUUGCACGAGUACAUGAUCAACAAAGACAACCGAGAAUACCUUAUGUGGUUGAAGAAUCUUAAGAAGUUCGUCGAGGCCUAAAUUUUAGGUAGGAUGAGAGAUUUUGGAGAAUGUAGUGCGUGAACUCAGUUUUGUUGAUGUUCUGUUUGAACCUUGAUUUAUUGCCAACUAUUAUUAGACAUUAGACAAUAACCACCCUCUCCCGCAAGUUUCAAGUACUUAAUACUCACAAUUAGAACACUUUACAGUUAAUGGGCUCUUCAUGGUUUAAUUUUGCAAUGUUUGAUUUCUCA